AUGGUAGAUAUAAGCUCCUUCACUAUUGAUGAGUUUGCCCAAGCAUUUCAGAACAAGGAUUCCUUGCUACUUGGAAAAAUUCUCGUUGCCCUUCUGAAGCUUCUUCUAUCUAAUGUUGAAGCCGAGCUUGGCUGUGGAUCCAUAUCCCUCAUUUGA